AUGCGGCUGCUAUAUUGGUUAGCAGCCGUUAUUUGCUGUAUUCCGGUUGGAAUUCGAGCAUGGAAUAUAUUUACAUUCUUUUCUACAAAUCAGGAGACUAAUCAUAUACAACUCUAUCCAGGUUCACCAUUAGAAGCAGAUCCAGCACUGUUAAGAAAUAGACGACAAGCUUAUCAAAUUUAUCAGGGUGGUGAUAAAUCAAUUACAAUGGAUAAAACAGGACGUAUUGAAAGUGGACCAUGGGGUCCAUGGAUAAUUGAAAAACAAUGCUCUAAAACAUGUGGUGGUGGUGUAUUAAUGGAACGACGAAUUUGCAACGGUGAAUGCAUUGGACCGUCAACACGUUACGUGUCCUGUAAUAUUGAUGAAUGUAUGGGUAAUAUUAAAGAUUUUCGGGCUAUUCAAUGUUCAAAAUAUGAUGACACACCAUUAGAUGGACAUUACUAUAAAUGGUUACCGUAUCCGGGAAAGAAUAAAUGUGAACUAACAUGUAAACCGGAUAAUGCUAAUUUCUACUAUAAAUGGGCUGAUAAAGUAAUAGAUGGUACAAAAUGUAAUCAUCGUAGCAAUGAUAUUUGUGUGGAAGGUGUUUGCUUACCGGUUGGAUGUGAUAAUAAACUUGGAUCGGCAAUGAAAAAUGAUAAAUGUGGCAAAUGUGGUGGUGAUGGAUCAACAUGUAAAACUGUUGAAGGAUAUUUUGAUGAACGCAACUUAUCACCUGGUUAUCAUAAUAUUAUUCGAUUACCAAUUGGUGCUACAUCAAUUUUGAUUGAGGAAUUACACUCAACAACUAAUUCACUUGCAAUCAAGAAUACCACAGGUCAUUAUUAUCUAAAUGGCAAUUAUCAAAUUCAGCUGACUGAUAAAGAUUUGGAAAUUGGUGGAACAUUAUUCGAAUAUGAUACACGCAAAAAUUUAGACCAUCCUUUUGAGAAAUUAACUGCUAAAGGACCAAUAACAGAAGAACUUAUCAUUGCACUACUUUUUCAACGAGGAAAUAGGGAUAGCGCUAUUAAAUAUGAAUUUUCGGUACCAUUAGAGGAAGAAAUUCCAUAUGUCUACAAAGCUGACCAGUGGUCACCAUGUUCGGUCACAUGUGGAAAAGGUAUUCAAACUCGAAUUCCAUAUUGCAUUGAGAACGCAUCAGGUCAACGUGUAUCAGAUGAAAUUUGUGAGGAAAAUAAUGUCACCAAACCUCUCUCUGAGAAAGUUUGCGAGACAAUUGAUUGUGAUGCACAAUGGUAUGAAGGAGAAUGGGAGCCAUGUAGUGUCACAUGUGGAGAAAGUGGUACACAAUAUCGUGUCGUCUACUGUCACCAAGUAUUCUUGGAUGGUAGACGAAUGACCAUUGAUGAUAGUAAUUGUAGUGUGGAACGUCCAUCGGUACAACGACCAUGUAAUAGAUUUUCGUGUCCGGAAUGGCAAGCAGGACCGUGGAGUGCAUGUUCGGAAAAAUGUGGUGAUGCAUUCCAGUAUCGUUCGGUAACAUGCCGAAGUGCAAAAGAAGGUGAAGAAGGUAAAUUGCUACCUGCAGAAGCAUGCAGUGACGAUGAAACGAUGGAAAUACAACGAAAUUGUAAUUUGGGUCCAUGUCAAGGACUUAAUUUUGUUACCACAGAUUGGAAAUUGUGUGAAAAAUGCAAUGACACGGAAGAAAGUCGAAAUGUCACAUGCGAAGAUAUUAAUGGCCGUGCAUAUCCAUUAGAGAAAUGUUUAAAUGAAAAUUCUACUGGAAUUCCCAUAGAUACUCGGCCAUGUUCUUCACCACAGCCUUGUAAUUAUGAAUGGCAUACAUCGGAAUGGUCAAAAUGUAGUACAGAAUGUGGCCAUGGCCAUAAUACACGACGAGUAGUAUGCGCUAUUCAUCAAUUAGAUGACCUUAUGGUGGUUAAUGAUGGACAUUGUAUUUGGGAGAAUAAGCCAGAAUCAACUAAAAAUUGCACAAAUGAAGAGAAAUGCAAUGGAACCUACUAUACAGGUCCAUGGAGCAAAUGCUCAGCUGAAUGUGGUGGUGGAACACAAAAUCGGAUGAUUGUUUGCUUAAAUUACGAUAAAAAACCUGUUCCGGAAUGGUGUGAUGAAGCAGAAAAGCCAUCGGAAGAACAGGAAUGUAAUGUAGAAGCUUGUCCAACAUGUGAUGACAGUGAAUUUGGAUGCUGUCCGGAUAAUGUAACGAUUGCAACUGGACCAUAUCUAGCCGGUUGUUCGAACUGUUCCGGUUCACCAUUUGGCUGUUGUAAUGAUAAUGUAACGGAAGCACAAGGUAUUGCCGGAGAAGGUUGUGCCGAAUUCAUUGCUGCAAUGGAAGGAAGUGGUGAAGAAAGCGAACAAUCUAUCAGUUCCAGUGAGGAAAAGCUUUGUGAAGUGAUAAAUGAUGAAACUGGUGAUAAAGCAUUGAUUACAUGUGGUAAUGAUACUAUCACUGAUAACACAAAUAUCACGAUAACAAUGUUACUGGAUGAUGAAGAUGAUUUAUUCCUAAAUGGCACUUCCGGCAAUGCUACUACGACUGCCAAACAUUGCUCUAAAACAGAAUUUGGUUGUUGUCCUGAUUGGAUUACAAUUGCGAGCGGAAAAAACAAUGAAGGCUGUCCGGAAUUUGUGCUUGGUGCAUGCAAUGAAACAAAGUUUGGUUGUUGUCCGGAUGAAGUAACUUUGGCUCGAGGCUCAAAUUAUGAAGGUUGUGGUGAGCCAACUUGCGCCGCAUCGUUGUAUGGUUGUUGCAAAGAUCGCAAAACGAUUGCUUUUGGACCGCACUAUGCAGGUUGUGAACGAUCAUCAUUUCCGUGUGAACUGUCAACGUAUGGUUGUUGUCCGGAUGGUGAAACAGCAGCAUUAGGCCGAAAUGGUACAGGUUGUAGUGAAAAUUGUUUGACUACUAAAUUUGGUUGUUGUCCAGAUGGUAAAACAAUUGCAAAAGGAGUGGAAAAUGAAGGAUGUGGUUGCGAAUAUGCUCAAUAUGGAUGUUGUCCGGAUGGUAAGACAACAGCGAAAGGACUUAAGAAUUACGGUUGUCCUGUAUCAUGUGCUCAAAGUCAGUACGGUUGCUGUCCGGAUGGUAAGACAAGUGCUCAUGGACCAAACAAAGAAGGUUGUCCAUGCCAGUAUACUCAGUACGGUUGUUGUCCAGAUGGUGAGACAAGCGCUCUUGGCCCAAAAAAUGAAGGAUGCGAUGAUUGUCGAUACUCGAAGUAUGGUUGUUGUCCUGAUGGUGAAAAUCGGGCUAAUGGACCAGAAUAUGCUGGUUGUCCAUCUACCACAUUAGCGCCAUUCAUUAUAGGCGGUUCUAUAGCACCAGAAAAAAUUAUUUCAUGUUCAUUGUCACAGGAUCAGGGUACAAUAUGUCAUCCAGGUUAUAAACUAUUAUGGUACUAUGACACCUCAGAAGGUCGUUGUAAACAAUUUUGGUAUGGUGGUUGUGAUGGUAAUGAUAAUCGUUUUGCAACUAAAGAACAAUGCGAAACGAUUUGUGUGAAACCACCAGCAACUGGUCGUUGUUAUUUACCUAAAGUAGAAGGACCAUUACGAUGUAAUCAGUUAUCAGCACGUUAUUGGUAUGAUUAUACAACCAAACAAUGUGGUGCAUUUUGGUGGCGUGGUUGUUUGGGUAAUGAUAAUAAUUUUGAAAGUUGGGAAGAAUGUCAAAACUUUUGCGCUAAUAUUGGUCCAAUUGAAAUAGAAACACAAUCAAUAUUAAAGGCAAAUCAAAUUAUAACAAGUGUGUCACCAUUUCAAUAUACACCGUUUGGUGCUUUAUCUAAACAAUCCAACGAAAUUGAUGACACAUUUAUUUCAAUUGAACGAAAACAACCAUUGCCAGUAUUUAUUCCAAAUGAUCGACAGUUAGGCUUAGCACAAGAACCUAUUCAAGUACCACUACCACAAUCACAACAACCUUCCUCAUCAUCUCAAAAACGAGUAACAAUUGAAGAAAUAUGUCAAUCAACCGCUGAUAGUGGGCCAUGUGGUAAUUACGAAGAUAUGUACUAUUAUGAUUUCUUCUCCGGUAGAUGUCAUCUUUUCAUCUAUGGCGGAUGUGGUGGUAAUUUAAAUCGAUUUAAAACACGAGAAGAGUGUGAAGCUCGAUGUUCACAUAUUGGUAUUGAUAGAAGAAAUUUAGGACGAACGCAACCACUUUCAACAGUGCAACAAAAUGAAUUAAUACCUAUUACAUUGCCUAAGACAGGAUCAUUUGGUAUUCCAGUAACAGGUCGUUCUCGUGAUGCAUGCAAUGAACGAAUGGAUGUUGGUCGAUGUAAUGGUGCAUUUCAAAGUUAUUACUUUGAACGUGCAACUGGUACCUGUGAACCAUUCCGUUAUUCCGGAUGCGGUGGUAAUGCUAAUCGUUUUCAAACCAAAGAGCAAUGUGAAGAAUUAUGUGUGCAACGUGCUUCCGGUGUUAAAUCAGGAACACUUCCAUCUUCUAUUCCUGAUCAAGCAUUCAAUCAACUUAUACCAAUAUCGGAUGUUUCUGAGAAAACAGAAUUAACAUCAAAAUGUGAACUUCCAAAAGAUAGUGGUCCAUGUAAUCGUUUUGUUACAAAAUGGUACUACAAUAAAAGUGAUGGUACCUGUGCACGAUUUCAUUAUGGUGGUUGUGGUGGCACUGAUAAUCGUUUUGAUAACGAACAACAAUGCAAAAAUGAAUGUGGUAAUUUUAUUGAUCCAUGUAAAUUACCGAAAGUAAAUGGUCCAUGUUCCGGUCGACAUAAACGAUACUAUUUCAAUGCUAAAACCGGUCAAUGUGAACGUUUCGAAUAUGGUGGAUGUUUAGGCAAUUCCAAUAAUUUUUUGCAUCUUACUGAUUGUGAAGCUAAAUGUUUAUCAUUCGAUGAACAUUUUAAUUGGAAAAAUUCAUCAAUAAUACAACGACAAUGUUUGUUACCUAAAAUUAAUGAAUUAUGCAGAUCAACUAUAAAACGAUAUUAUUAUGAUGAAACACUUAAUAAAUGUUUGUCAUUUUUUUAUGGUAAUUGUAUUGGAAAUGAAAAUGGUUUCGAUAAUAUGAAUGAUUGCAUAAGUAAUUGUACUAUGCAAACCAACCUUCAAAAAAAUAUUCGACAUAAUGCUUACGCUGCGCUUAAUCUUCACGUGUCAAAUGAAAACUAUCUGAGUGAUAAUUUCGAAAAAAUUUCAAUGUCUGAAACAAGCAGCGCUAUCACAAUUACUACUACAAUCACAACAACAGUGAUAACAAGUGCUGAUGCUUCUUCUACUACAACAAAAUUCAACCUGAAUAAUAAAUCAAGCAAGGAGACUAAUGAUAAAAUGAUAAUAAUUGAUAAUAAUCAAGGAAUGGAAUCGUUUGUUACUCUACCUGAGCUAUGUUUAUUACCACAAGAUGCUGGGCCAUGUUUUGGUGAAAUAUUAAGAUGGUGGUAUAAUUCCGAGACAAAUCAUUGUGAAACAUUUAUUUACACUGGUUGUGGACAUAAUGCUAAUUAUUUUACUUCAGAAGAAGCUUGUUUAAGAGCUUGUGGCGAAUAUCGAAAUAGUGAUGUAUGUACGAUGAAAAUGGACCGCGGUCAUUGUGAAUUAGGUAUAGCUAAGUGGUACUAUGAUAUAAAUGCUGGUCAAUGUCAUAUGUUUAUCUAUACUGGUUGUGGCGGUAAUGGUAAUCGAUUUUCCUCAAAAGCUGAAUGUGAACAUUUGUGUACCACAGAGAUACAAUUUUAUAGUAAUAAUGAUGGGAAAGAUAUUUGUCAAUUAGAUCGAGAAAGUGGUCCAUGCGAUGAUCCAGUAACGCAGUGGUAUUUUGAUUCAAAUAUGUCACAGUGUAUGCCAUUUACAUAUGGUGGUUGUCGCGGUAAUGGUAAUCGAUUUAAUAGUCAAAAACUUUGCGAGCAAAGAUGUUUACAAAAAACUGGAAUGGAAGUAAUAACGAAUGAACGAACAGAAGUUGCAGACAAUUGUUUAUUGCCAUUCGAAAUUGGUCCAUGCCAAGAUAAUCAACAACUAUGGUAUUUUGAUAAGUCACUUGGAUACUGUAAAACAUUUAUGUACGGUGGUUGUGAAGGCAAUCAAAAUCGUUUCUUCACCGAAGAUGAAUGCAUGCAUUAUUGCUCAAUUCAUCUUUAUAAGAAACAAAUGGAAAUAAGCCAUCCAGUGCUUAUACUUGUUGGCUAUAACCCAGUACCACUGGGAUCAACAAUAACAUUAAGAUGUAAAACUAAUGGACAAUAUCCCAUACAAUGGCAUAAAAAUGGUAUAUUAUUUCAAGUAACCAAUAAUGAUCAAAGAAUAUAUAUGAAUGAUGAUCAUAGUGAGUUACAUAUUACUAAAAUACAACAAUCAGAUGUUGCUGAUUAUUUAUGUUCGGUUGGAUUAAAUGCUAUUUUAUCCAAUUCUAUUCAUUUAAAUGUUAAAGAUGUAGAAAUGAUAGAAUCAUGCAUUGAUAAAGCGUAA